AUCUUGUUUCUUUCUUACAUGCUAUUCAUUUUUAGUGGUUGAAUUUCCGUGUAGCUUUGGGAAGAUACGUAGAUCACUUUAACCAACUUCUUAAUUUAAUAUUGUUUGCUAAUUCGGUGCCGGAAUGAAUGAAAGGUCCUAGCAAACACAACCUGUUGCCUCAGGCUCAUACUUUUUCUGUGACUCCUGCAACUUUUUUUUCCCCCUUUUCACUGUUUGGAUUUAGAACCCCCAUUUCACAGGUAGCUUUGGUAGAACAACUUUUUCAGUUGCUGCAACUGUGGCUUCCAAGACUUUCAUUGGAUAAAAGCCAGUUCCUUUGCAGGAUUUUCCUGCCUUUUCAAUUAUUAUUAUUUUUUGGUUGAAGGGAGUUUAAUGGUUCUGUGAAGGAAUAAUAUUUGAGAAAUAGGAAAUCAAGAAUCAGCUUAACAAGCAGGUUUCUAGAACCCAAGAGUUUAGUCAUGUCUGUGACAUUAUUAUGGGUUGUCUCUUCACCCAGCUUAGAGGUAUCGAAUUCAACUGGUUUGCUUGAUUCUAUCCGAUAUGUGAAGGGAUUAGAUUCUUCCAAGUUCAUAUCCCGAGAUAUGGGGUCAAUUAGAGCAAAGAAGGAUAAGACAAAGAGAUGGAGAUGUUGCUCUUUGAGUACAGAUAUGAAGUAUGCAUGCGUUGGUCAGUCUGGCUUAGAGAGUGCUAGCAACUUCCCUCUGCUAUCGAAUGUGCUCGCAAACCCAGCAGCAGGAGAAGUGGCUUUUUCAUCGGAGCAGAAGGUCUAUGAUGUGGUGCUGAAGCAGGCAUCCUUGGUUAAGAGGAAGCUGAGCUCUACUGGUGAACUUGAUGUGAAACCAGAUAUUGUUCUGCCUGGGAAUUUGAGCUUGUUGAAUGAAGCUUAUGAUCGUUGUGGAGAAGUUUGUGCAGAAUAUGCUAAAACAUUUUACCUGGGAACUCUCCUAAUGACCCCUGAAAGGCGAAGAGCUAUCUGGGCAAUAUAUGGUGAGUGUUCAUACUCAUUUAGGAUUUGUUUUCCAAAUCUUUUAUUUGUGUCCAUGCAGCCAUUUAAAGAUAUGAUAGAAGGAAUGAGAAUGGAUCUUAGGAAGUCGAGGUACAAAAACUUUGAUGAACUGUAUCUCUACUGUUACUAUGUUGCUGGGACAGUUGGUUUAAUGAGUGUUCCAAUCAUGGGCAUUUCACCGGAUUCAAAAGCCACAACAGAGAGUGUAUACAAUGCUGCCUUGGCCCUAGGGAUUGCAAAUCAGCUAACCAACAUACUCAGAGAUGUUGGAGAGGAUGCCAACAGAGGAAGAGUGUAUCUACCACAAGAUGAGUUGGCUCAAGCAGGGCUUUCAGAUGAUGACAUAUUUGCCGGUAAGGUGACAGACAAGUGGAGGAACUUCAUGAAGAGCCAAAUUAAAAGGGCGAGAAUGUUUUUUGAUGAGGCGGAAAAGGGAGUGAUGGAGCUUAAUGAAGCUAGCAGAUGGCCGGUAUGGGCGUCAUUGCUAUUGUAUCGCCAGAUAUUGGACGAGAUUGAAGCUAAUGAUUACAACAAUUUCACUGAGAGGGCUUAUGUGAGCAAAGCCAAGAAGUUACUUUCUUUACCAAUUGCCUAUGCUAGAUGUAUGGUUCCUCCAAUAAAGUUAUCUCCAGUAAUGAAGGCAUAGAUUGUGCCCCAUAUAAAGUUAUGUAUAAAAAUGGACAAGGAGGAUAAAAAAAAAGUGGAAGCGCAAUUUGUAUAUGAUUUAUUAAGGCUUGUAUUCGUUAUCCACUAAUUGUAGUUAACUAGUACGUGAGCCGUGCUAAUCAUGGGCUAGACAUAUUUUUUAAAUAAUUCAAGAUAACUAAUGGUAGAUAUAUAUUUGCACCGAAGAGUCCGAAAACCACCCAGAUUUUUAUUCACCAAAUAGUUUCA